UGGCGUUUUAAGUCAGCGUCACACACAUGCAAACAUCACCUUUAUUCGUAUUUCUGCGGUUCUAUAUUAUUUAUUUUUACAUUAUUCGCUAACGUAAACGUUUAGACACCGGAUAUAUUCUUACGGUUGUGCCGUGAAGGUUAUUUUUUGCAAAUAAGGGGUGUUUUAAUGCGUUUGAUUUAGCUCAGCUGGGCUUGUUUCCAUAGAAACGUGUAGUGCUAACGGAUGCUAAGCUGAUUUAUACACAGCGCUGUGCUGUAUGAAACGACUGAUUAUGAAAGAUUUUUAAUGUUAUGGAAGCGACGUACAUCUGUUUGGACAUGAUGUGAAAAUAUUGCAGGUCAAGCACACCUUGCUUAGCACCUUGUUUUGCAAGGAGACCCCCUGUAGAGAAGAGCUGAUCACACCCCUGAGAAGCGAUGUCUCAGUUCUCCAGCGAGGAUGAGGCGGAGCUCCAGAGCCUGCUGCGAGAGCUCCUGAAAAGUGUCAAAGAUAGAAUCUCAGGAGCACCAUCAGUAGAAUGUGCUGAGGAGAUUUUGCUUCAUUUGGAGGAAACUGACAAGAACUUUCACAACUAUGAAUUUGUGAAGUACCUGCGGGCAUAUGUAGAGAGCAGUUUGGGAACUGUUAUUGAAGAAGAGACUGAGAAUUUCACCAGGGGUGAUGGUCAUGCUAUUGGGCCGGGACAGGACACCCUGGUCCACGCUGUUACGAAGAGGACUAGGGAGUCCGCACAGUAUAAACAGAUGAUGCAGACUCUGAAACAGACCAUGAUGGUGGUUGUGGAAUCACUGAUCAAUAAAUUUGAGGAAGAUCAGUUGAAGAAAGAGGAAAUGGACAGGAAGAGCCAACAUGAGCAGUCAAGCAGUCAUUACACCGACAACUGCUCUGACAGUGACUCUUCAUUCAAUCAGAGCUAUGCAUUUAUCAAGCAUGAACAACUUCAAGUCAUCGCCGAGAAGCUUGACCCCGGUAGACCACGAGAGGUUCGCUUGGAAGCUUUGCAGUCUUUGUGCUAUGCCCCUCCCUCUGAUGUCCUGAGCUGUGAAAGCUGGACUGGCCUGCGCCGAAAUCUCUCUGCUGCACUCACUGAUCCUGACCCUGAGCUCAGCGAUAAAGUCCUUCAGUUUUUUGCAAAAACAUUUGCGUCUUCUCCAUUAAAUGUGACUAAGGAUAUCUACAGUACCAUAGCAAAAAGCUUGGAGGCUCAUUUCCUCUACCAUAAGUUGAGUUUUCCCAGCGGCUCUACAAGUAUUGAUGCGAACAGACCAGAUAUGGCCCGUCUCCUCAAACAAAUGAGAUUAAUAAAUGACUUUCAGAAGGAGGUGACAACAUUUUGGAUACGACAUCCUGAGAAGUACAUGGAGGAAAUCAUUGAGAACACCCUCUCUCUUCUCGCUCUGCAUUCUGAACAGGGCAUGAGCAGCCCAGGCUCAGAAAAAUCCCUAGAGCCUAUACACUUAAUCUCUCUGCUAGAUAUCAAAGCCACCUGGUUUAAGAAAUGGAUGCAUGGCUACUACAGCAGAACUGUUGUCUUAAGACUUCUGGAGAGGAAAUACAAGACUUUGAUUGUUAAUGCUCUGCAGCAGUGCAUUUAUUACUUCGAUUCCUGUGAUUCAGUUAGAGAAGAAACUUUGGAAAUUAUCCACAGCCUUGAACAUCAGCAGAUUGGCCCUGCUCAGAGAACUCUCUACACUUCUAAAGAGCUGGAGUUUGUUUACUUCAUUCACUCGCUGUGUGUGCUCGGGAGGCUUGUGAUGUACAUUAAUGGAAGGAAACUUUUUCCCAUUAAAGUGAAGAAGCGGAGAGAUCCGGUAACUUUGACCGACUUGGUUGUGAUUCUGAUCAAUAUCAUGUACCAACACCCAAAACCAUCCUGCGGUGAGAUGACACAUGCAGACUCCCUGUCCCCCACUAAUCUUGUGAUGGAGGUGUUAAGGACCCUGUGUGACCGCACUGAGUGUGCUGUGGAGUGUCUCUACCAGGUCCCUGUCAUAGAAACUCUCCUGGCUCCUGUUAUCUCCCUGCUCAAAGGAAAGCUGCCCAAAUUAAAUUCCCUAGAAAGUGCCUUGACACACAUAGCAGACACACUGGCGAGGAUCGCUAGUACCGAACGAGGUUUAUCACUCCUGCUUUAUGACAGAAAUCUCGUCUCGGCCGAGGGUGAAAGUAUUUCAGCAGCACAUGUGGUGGUACAGUUUACCCAGAGGCUGCUGUCUAAAGAGCUGCAUGUGUUCAGCGAGCUGGAGAUUCCUCCUGCUGUGAGCGGGGCCUUCAUCUUUGUCUGUCGGCAGAUGUACAACACCUGCGAGGGGCUGCAAGUUCUACGGCCAUACAGCCUGCAUGAGUGCAUCGCUAAAGCCUGGAGAACGACAAGCUCCGUGUCGGAGAGAGUUCCCACUCCUGUUCCUGGAGCUCCCCCAGUGAUCACUUCCCAGGAGCUGCAGAGCGUGGUGGCCUGGGAAGAGAUGCUGUUGGACAAUCUGCUGAAUUUCGCUGCCACACCAAAAGGACUGCUGCUCCUUCAACAGACUGGAGCCAUCAAUGAGUGUGUCACCUACAUGUUCUCAAGAUUUACCAAAAAACUACAGGUCAGCAGGUGUGAGAAGUUUGGUUACGGUGUGAUGGUGACCCAGGUGGCCGCUACAGCCCCAGGCAUCACGGCCUUGCAAAGCUCAGGAUUUGUUCAGACGAUUGUGGUGGAGCUGUGGUCAGCCUUGGAAUGUGGUCGAGAGGAUGUAAGGGUGGUCCAUCCAAAAUCUACUCCAAUGGACCCUAUUGACAGGAGCUGCCUCAAGUCCUUCCUCUCUCUAGUGAAUCUGCUUUCUUCACCUCACGCUGUGUGGGAGUUGCUGGGACAUCAAGCGCUUCCUGAUAAGACCGAGUACAAUCUGAGAGAGAUGGCCACAUCAGUUUUAGACCUGAUGGACCGCCUCAUCAUUAUUAACUCUGACGCAAAGAUUCACUCCCUUUUCAACUAUGAGCAGUCCCACACGUUUGGCCUGAGGCUCUUGAGCGUGCUGUGCUGUAACCUGGAUUCUUUUCUUCUGCUGGAGUCUCAGUAUAACCUCUCUGAGUUACUGCUGCAGGGUCAGAGGGACAGUGUCACAGAGCCGCCCUCAGGUGAAGGGGAAUUCAUCAUUGAUGGACUGUCUGUGGAAAGAAACCAUAUCCUUGUUCGAAUCGGUACAGUUGGUGGCCCAUCUGAGAGGAGACUUCCUCCCAGAGCCCUGCAGAGAGGGAAUGACCCUUACCCAUGGCCAAUGGUGUCUACAUACCCCCUGCCUAAAUAUUACAUCCUUGACAUGCCCAAGACUCUUCGCACUAAACAGGAGUCAGAGAUCAGUGCUUUCUUGGCCUCGUCUAAAGAAACAGAGAGAGAUGCUAGCUGGAUGGAAGACUGCAGGAGACAGUUCUGCAAGAUCAUGGCUACAAAGUCAAACACCCUCACUGGAUAUGUUCUUGCGGAUUUUUUGGAGAGGGUCGUGCUGCAUCUCUCGUCUUCAUCCACUGACUGCUUCUUUCCACCGGCAGAAUAUAAAGUGGUGGACCACAGUGUAAAGACUCGAAGCCUGUCAUCUGUGGAGCAGUUAGGUGUGGAGAUAUCCCUCAGGUAUGGCAAGUUCCUAAAGCUAUUGAGAGAAGAUUCAGAGCAGGAUCUGUGUCUUCUGCUCAAGCACUGUCAGGAGUUCCUCUCUCAACAACGAGUCAGUGUCACUUCUGAGCUCUCCUGUUUUCAGGGUGGAUAUCCUGGUCAUGAUUGGUUUGCCGCCUCAGUUUUUCUGCUCAUGCAUGGCGACGUGGGUCGUUCUCUGAGUCUGCUCUUGCGUUUUUCCCGUCUGCUGCCGUCUGCCUUUCUGUGGCCCCCAAGACUGCACAGCUCUGUACAUCUCCCUAUAGAGAUCGCUCAGUCGGGCAUUCAUCCCAUCUACUCUUGCACUGCUCAUUACGUCGAAAUGUUGCUCAAGGCCGAGGUUCCUCUGGUUUUUUCUGCCUUCAGGAUGUCUGGCUUCACUCCCUCUCAGGAGGAGCCAAUCCACGGCUUUAGGGUGAGUAAUUACCUGGAGUACAUGGAGGGGCUGGAACGCAACUACAGAUCCAUGGUGCUCUCGGACAUGAGGAGCAUCUUACCAAGGAGCAGCUAGAAGCAAAUAGACCACCGAAGAUCAGCAGGGACUGAAAGUGCUUGUGGUACAGAAUAAUACUGAAAAUAUUGCAAUGAUUUUAUAACAACAUGCUCUAUGUGAAGAGAACACUGUUUUAUCAAACACAUUGUGAAUAUAUCCCACUUGCAUUUACUCCCUAUGAUAAAGUAUUCUCACUCAGGGAAUCAUAAAUAUAAGAACACAAACUCUUCAAAGCCAUAUUGCCACUCAGUGGGAUGUAUAAAGCAUAGUAAAUAAAUAAGCGCAGUAAAUCGGUCAAAAUUGAUGUUCAAAAAGGAUGAUAAAACAAACCUUUCUACAUACCAUAAGCAUUAUCAAACUUCCCUCCACACCAAAAAAGUAUAAAAUUUUGUUUUUGCUAAAUUAUUCUAUAUAUUAGGUUUAUAUGUGGGUGCAUAUAUCAUUUCACAUUUAUCCCUGUUCUAGUCUACUUUUCCUUUUAGCCUUUUGUGCCUAAAGUACAAUUUUCCUGUCCUAGGCUAAUUACCGGACUCAAAGAACUUAAUUGUUUAUUAAUCUUUCCUCGAACAAACUUCUGACAGCAUAUGUAAUUUUGUAUCUACAGUCCUGCUUGUAACUUCACUGUUGAUGUUGGAAUAUGACACGAUUGUGUCAAUGCUAUUAAUCAUUGUAAAAUCUUUAAGAUGUAUAUGUAUUUCUUUUACCCAAAAACUCAGUGGGCUCACAUUGUAAAGUCAGAAAAAUAGCAUUCAUAGAGGGCAGACACAUUUAGCUUUGUUCUUUGUAUUUUCACUGGCAAAUUCCAGUCAUUUUAAUAAGAAUCCACAUGAUUGGGUAUUUUACAUGUGGGCAAAAGUUGGUUGCAUGAGUCUGCAAUGACCAACAAAAAGCUGCUUGACUUCUGUAUGAGCUGUGCUUCAUACAUUGAUUCAAUAGAUAAUGCACCUUUUUUGCCCAAAAUUUCAAUAAUGCUGACCGCAUAUGUAGGUGCACACGUUGUUUUCCUGUCUCAGCCCGUUUUAUGACAUCAGUAAAUAAGAAAAAAAUCUAAGCUUUGGAUGCAUGAUUGCUGUCUUAAUGGUCAAUCAAACAUGAAGUAUAUGUGAUAUGUAUACAAUGACUUAACGCAGUGUUGUUGUGUAGUGUGUUGGAUUCUUUUUCUUUUUUUUUUAAGUUAUAUAUUAACAUCUGCAGUCUCUUAUUCACAUCCUAAGGAAGCUAUAUAGAGAGUAGCAGUAUCACUUUGACAGGCCGUCAUUAGCACAUAGAUGCAAUCUCUUACCCUCGCCAUCUGUAACUCACACAGUGAAUAAGGAAUUAGAUCAUUAGAGAGGUGUCUUUCUCCUUCACAAGAACUGCUAAAUAUUGCAUACUGUUUACUCAGUAGGAGGCAGAAGCAGUUAUAAUUUUAAGUUGUAAAAAGUUCCCUCAGAGUGCAUAUUUUUAACUUACUUUCUCCAUUGCAUAAAUUUUUUUUUUAAAGGAUCACCCGUAAACUAAUGUGUUUAUGCUCAGAUAAACAAAAAAAAUCUGUUGAUUUCAUCUUUGUGUAAUCAUAACAAGCUGUAUGUUAAUCAGGUUAAUGAUUUAAUGACUGAUUGUUGGCCAACAAUCAUUUUUGGAAAGCCGUGUGUGUGCCUUGUGUUGGCUCAUUGUAAAUUGACAAUACAAGGCUUUUGUGAUGUGGAUGUUAAUGAUGUAUCUGCAGACCAAAAUGGUAGGAUAAUUAGAAAAGGCUAAUUAUGGGUAAUUAAACUGAUUAACGGAUAA